GGUUUUGGUAAAAUCCCCCCCCCCCAAAGCGCCGCGUUGGUUCCUCCCGGCCCAGCAUGGCGGCCGGUGACGUCACGGCGGGGGCGGGGCCUCGGCCGGAAAGCGCGAGCGGGGCCGAGAUGUCGUCGGCGCCGGAGGAGACGCUGCUGCUGCUGGAGCACCGCUACGUGUGCUCGGAGUGCUCGCACCAGUCGCCGUCGCUGGAGGAGGCUCUGCUGCACCAGGAGCAGCACCUGAGCGCGGCCGGCACGUCCGGCACGGCCCCGGCACCGCCGGCGGCUCCGGCCCCGCGCGCGGCGCCGCUGGAGCUGCUGGAGCCGCCGAGCCACUUCCAGUGCCUGGAGUGCGGCGCGCUGCUGCUGACGCCGGGGCAGCUGCUGGAGCACCAGGAGCUGCACCUCAAGCUGCUCUCGGCACCGGAUCCGGCACCGCCGCCGCCGAAACCCGCGCCGGGCUCCAUCCACUUCGAGUGCCCCGAGUGCCGCGCGCUGUUCCAGAGCCAGGAGCUGUGGCUGGCGCACCGGCAGAGCCACCGGCCGGCGGCGGGCGCGGCGCCGGGCACGGCGCGCGUGGCGCUGGAGCACUCGUACCGCAAGCACGGCGCGGGCGGCGCGGCCGAGGCGCCGGGCGAGGUGCAGCUGCUGCUCUACGAGUGCGGCGAGUGCCUGCAGCUCUUCCAGAGCCCCAAGGACUUCCUGGAGCACCAGGUCGGGCACUUGGCGCCGCCGGGACAGCCGGUGCCGCCGAGCGCGCCGGCGGCGCCGCCGGAGCCGCGGUGCCAGCACUGCCGCGAGCUGCUGCCGUCGGCGCGGCUGCUGCGCGCCCACCUGCGCUGCCACGCGCUGGGCGCCUUCCAGUGCCCGCUGUGCCCGCGGGUGCUGCCGGACCCCGCCGAGCUGCGCCGGCACCGCGCCGGCCACGCGCGCGACGCGCUCUACCUGUGCCUGGAGUGCGGCUCGGCGCUGGACACCGAGGCGGCGCUGCUGGCGCACCGGCGCGGCCACGGCGCCGAGCCGCUGCACCGCUGCGCCUGCGGCAAGGCCUUCGCCAGCAUGACCAAGUUCCUGUACCACCGCCGCUCCCACGCCGCGCCGGGGCCGCCCGCGCCGCCGGAGCCGCCGCCGGAGGAGCCGCCGGAGCGCGGCGUGGCGUGCGGCGCCUGCCCCAAGUCCUUCCCCAGCGCGGCGGCGCUGGCGCGGCACCAGCGCUUCGUGCACCGGCUGGAGCGGCGGCACCGCUGCGGCGCCUGCGGCAAGAGCUUCAAGAAGUCGUCGCACCUGCGCAACCACGCGCGCACGCACACGGGCGAGCGGCCCUUCCCCUGCCGGCAGUGCGGCAAGCGCUUCGGCUCGCGCGCCAACCUGCUGCGGCACCAGCUGACGCACACCGGCGAGCGGCCGCACGAGUGCCCGCAGUGCCACAAGCGCUUCGCCCAGAACUCCACGCUGCGCCAGCACCUGCAGGUGCACCUGCGCCGCUUCCCGCACCGCUGCGCCGACUGCGGGCUGCGCUUCCACCGCCCGCACCGCCUGCGCCUGCACCGCGCCCGCCACGCCGGCGCCUUCCCCUACCAGUGCGGCCGCUGCGGCCGCGGCUUCCUGCUGCGGCGCCUGCUGGACGUGCACCUGCAGGGCCACGCGGGGCGGCCGCCGCAGCGCUGCCAGGGCUGCGGGGCUGCAUUCGCGGGUGCAGCGGCGCUGCGGGAGCACCGCUGCGGCAACGGCGGCUGGCGCUUCGAGUGCGGCGUCUGCGGCAGGAAAUGCGGCUCGGCCGCGCGGCUGCGGGCGCACGAGGCGGCGCACGGGCAGCCGGUGGGUGCGGAGGAUCCGGCGGUGACGGUGCCGGUGCCGGUGCCGGUGCCGGAGGCGGAAGCCGAGGCGAGGCCGGCGCCGCGACGCGCGGCCAAGAAUUUGGAGUGCAGCGAGUGCAAGAAGACGUUCAGCACCGAGACCUCGCUGCAGGUGCACCGGCGCAUCCACACGGGCGAGCGGCCGUACCCGUGCCCCGAGUGCGGCAAGGCCUUCCGGCAGUCCACGCACCUGAAGGACCACCGGCGGCUGCACAGCGGCGAGCGGCCGUUCGGCUGCGCCGAGUGCGGGAAGCGCUUCGCCCUCGCCGUGCGCCUGGCCGAGCACCGGCGCACCCACACCGGGGAGCGGCCCUACGGCUGCGCCGCCUGCGGCAAGGCCUACCGCUCCUUCUCCAACCUCUGGAAGCACCGCAAGAGCCACCGCGGCCACGGCGGGGGUGGUGGUGGUGGUACCGGGCAGAGGGGAGGCGGGGAGGGGGGAUCGGGGGCGGCAGGAGAUGGGGGGAACGUUGGGGUGCAAUCGGGGUCCUCAAUCCAUGGGGAGAACGUUGUGGUGGGGUCUGGAGCUCCUGGGGAAGUUCUGGUGAUGGGAUCGGGGGCGGCAGUCCAUGGGGAGAACAGUGGGGUGGGAUCUGCAGUCCAUGGGGAGAACCUGGUUGGGGUCCCACAGCCUCCCAAGGAGCCCCUGGUGGUUGGAACAGGGUCCUCAAUCCAUGGGGAGAACCUCGGAGUGCAGCCUGGAGCUCCCAGGGAGGUUCUGGUUGUGGGGCCAGGGUCUGCAGGGUGUGGGGAGAGCCUUGGGGUGGGAUCAGGGACUUCUGGGGAGGUCCUGGUGAUGGGAUCGGGGUCUCCUAGUGGGGUUCUGGUGGUGGGAACAGGGUCUGCAAUCCAUGGGGAGAACCUUGGGGUGGGGUCUGGAGUUCCCGGUGACGUUGUGGUGGUGGGAUCGGGGUCUGCAAUCCAUGGGGAGAACGUUGGGGUGGGGUCUGGAGCUCCCGGUAAGGUUCUGGUUGUGGGAUCGGGGUCCUCAAUCCAUGGGGGGAACGCCGGGGUGGGAUCGGGGUCUUCUGGUGAGGUCCUGGUGGUGGGGCCAGGGUCCUCCAUCCAUGGGGAGAGCCUUGGGGUGCAGCCUGGAACUCACGGGGAGGUUCUGGUGGUGGGCUCAGGGUCUGCAAUCCAUGGGGAGAACAUUGGGAUGGGGUCUUCAGUCCAUGGGGAGAACAUUGGGGUGGGGUCUGGAGCUCCUGGGGAAGUUCUGGUGGUGGGGUCGGGGGCAGCAGUCCAUGGUGAGAACAUUGGCGUGGGAUCGGGGUCCUCCAUCCAUGGGGGGAACGUUGGGGUGCAACCUGGAGCUCCCAGUGAGGUCCUGGUGGUGGGAACGGGGUCCUUGGUCCAUGGGGAGAACCUCGGGGUGCAACCUGGAGCUCCUGGGGAGGUUCUGGUGGUGGGAUCGGGGGCUGCAGUCCACGGGGAGAACCUGGUUGAGAUCCCACAGGGCCCUAAAGAGACCCUGGUGGUGGGAACAGGGUCCUUGGUCCAUGGGGAGAACCUUGGGGUGCAGCCUGGAGCUCCCAGUGAGGUUCUGGUUGUGGGGUCAGGGUCUUUGGUCCAUGGGGAGAACCUUGGGGUGGGGGCUUCAGUCCGUGGGGAAAACCUCGGGGUGGGAUCAGGGACUUCUGGGGAGGUUCUGGUGGUGGGAACGGGGCCCACAAUCCAUGGGGAGAGCCUUGGAGUUGGGUCAGGUUCUUCAGUCCACGGGGAGAACCUUGGGGUCGGAUCUGGAGCUCCCGGGGAGGUUCUGGUGGUGGGGUCGGGGUCUUCAGUCCAUGGGGAGAACCUGGUUGGGGUCUCAGAGCCCCCCAAGGAGAGCCUGGUUAUGGGGUUGGGGACCUCAGUCCAUGGGGAGAACCUCGGGGUGGGAUCGGGGUCUUCCAGUGAGGUUCUGGUUAUGGGGUCGGGGUCCUCAGUCCAUGGGGAGAACGUUGGGGUGGGGUCUGGAGCUCCCGGGGAGGUUUUGGUGGUGGGAUCGGGGUCUGCAGGGUGUGGGGAGAGCCUCGGGGUGGGAUUGGGGACUUCUGGGGAGGUCCUGGUGGUGGGGUCGGGGUCCUCAAUCCACGGGGAGAACAUUGGGGUGGGAUCUGGAGCUCCUGGGGAGGUUGUGGUGGUGGGAACGGGGUCUGCAGUCCAUGGGGAGACCCCGGCUGCGAUUUCGGCCCCCCAAACCCCCGGAGACCCCCCCAGGGACCCCCAAAACCCUGAGGAGACCCCCGAGAUGGUCCCGGCCCCCACCACGUGA